UAUAUAAGACACUAUUUGUUUUAUUUAUAUAUAUACUAUUUUCCAUUUGCCUUCUUGUGGUGGUCUUUUGUACUUAAAGGGACACUUUAGUGACCAGGACCACUAGAGCUUAAUGUAGUGAUUCUGGUGUCUAUAGCCUGUCUUUGCAGAAAAGGCAGUGUUUACAUAACUUACUAGGAACAUCUCUAAUGGUAGUAAUUCAGAUUAGAGAUGCUUUCUGGGUCAGUGCCGCACAGUGAAAAUCACUGGUAUUCAGCGUCUCCACACUUUGCAUGGAAGCACAGAACGUUCCCGUGAGAUGCACUGAUUUAAUGUGUGACGGACCGCCUGGCACCUCGUUCGGGUACCACAGUCAAUCGCUGCUUCCUAGUAAUCCUUGAGUACCAUAUGCACCGCACCGGACACCAUAACCACCGCACACCCCACAAACCGCCACAGCUUGGUUGGGGUCUCGCUCUCCUCCACCCACCCUGGACCCAAGACCAGGAUCCAGAUUCCAGUGGGUAAACCUCUCCUAGUCCAGAGAGCAAAGCAGGCUGCUCUUACAAGAGCAAUCGUUGUAAGCCAAGGGAGUAUAGUGAUUAUAGCUAUUCCAGAGUGAAUAUAGCUCUCCAAUCCCCCAAACAUGAGCCUAGACUUCAUGAAUGAUAAAACUAAUCUCUUUAAUGGCAGCCACAACUGGCCUUAUAUGCAGGUCCCCAUAUCCAAAAAUCACCCAGUUCGAUUCAGGGGUUCUGGAUUUUCAUGGAAGUCAAUUAUUUGACCGACCGUGCACAUGGUCCUAUGCACAAAACCGUUCCAGGGAAUCAGGGCUAACGGUCGGUCUCUCUUUCUGGAGUAAAAAAGUACAGAAAUCACAUUAACGGAGCCUUUUAAAGUGCAUUGGGCAAAGUAUAUUGCACAGUCCUGAGGCAGGAGGCUGGCAAUCAGGCUCCUCCAGAAGCACGUGGCAAACAACCAGACCACAGGGCGUUGGUCACAUAAUGCAUCUCUGAGAAGGUGCUGAUUGGCGCAGCACUUUUUCCUUAGGGACAAAUUUGAACAGCCUAUUUAAGCUGUGAAUACCUCUCUGACAGCAGAGUACAGUAAUGCCGUGUCACAAGCCUCAUGUGUGACAUAAAUUGAAAUAAAAACAGUAUCAGCGCUUAGUUAAUAUACCCCUAUUUUUUGUAUAUGGGUCAACAACAAAAAUAUAUUAAAUAAAUUAAAUAAAGAGUCCCAGUUUCAAUCUUCAUGGGGUGUUUUCAAAUGUCCGCAGGGAUUUGAUAGUUGUAACAGUAAUUGGUGUAAAAAGACUUUGUCUUUAUAUGUAUCCAACCUUAAAUCAAAAAGAUACUGACAUAGCGUGAUACAGUUACAAUACUUUAUUUCCCAUACGGUAAUCCCCCCAUAAGAGGAACUCUUACAAUUAAAAGUGGUGAAACUUAUUUCUAAGGUUCACAAUAAAAACGUAGAAAUGCAGAAUAUUGGCUGAUGAAUAUAAAGUUACGUGGAUGUUAUUUCCAGACCGGUCCUGUGCACUCAGAUCGAUCCUCACUGAGAAGCCAACUAGCCAAUCUUACUGCAAUCUCUCCAAAUUCAAAAAUCCCGCCAGAAACACGAUCUACGCGUUUCACUCAUUCAAAUGAGCUUUCUCAAGAUACCUUGAGAAAGCUCAUUUGAAUGAGUGAAACGCGUAGAUCGUGUUUCUGGCGGGAUUUUUGAAUUUGGAGAGAUUGCAGUAAGAUUGGCUAGUUGGCUUCUCAGUGAGGAUCGAUCUGACCGGGGCACAGGACCGGUCUGAAAUAAAAUUGUAACAUCCACGGAAGGUUGGAUACAUAUAAAGACAAAGUCUUUUUACACCAAUUACUGUUACAACUAUCAAAUCCCUGCGGACAUUUGAAAACACCCCAUGAAGAUUGAAACUGGGACUCUUUAUUUAAUUUAUUUAAUAUAUUUUUGUUGUUGACCCAUAUACAAAAAAUAGGGGUAUAUUAACUAAGCGCUGAUACUGUUUUUAUUUCAAUUUAUGUCACACAUGAUGUUUUAAAACUUGGGAAGGUUUUUAGUGUAUCCGGCAGCUUUGUAUUAACUUUUUCUUGUGGAUAAUCAUAAUUUGAAGCACCUGCUUAGAAAAUCCACUAUUUUAUUGAUAUACAUAUUCUUUUUUUGCGCUCUCUAUAAACCUGUUUUUUUCACAAGCCUCAUGUGUGCUGUUAUUUUUUUAUAGAUCAAAGAAUCCAUGGACAUCUUCAUGUCACAUGACUGGCCUCGAAGUAUUUACCAUUAUGGCGAUAAGAAGCAACUGCUGAAGAAGAAAGAUUUCUUUCGACAAGAGGUGGAAAAUAAUACUUUAGGGAGUCCAGCAGCCUCCGAACUUCUUAAUCAUCUCCAGCCUUCAUAUUGGUUCUCUGCCCACCUGCAUGUCAAAUUUGCUGCAUUUAUGCAGCACCAGGUAUGCACAUAUAACAAAAACACAUAUAUAUUUUAUUACCAGACAGUAUUUAAAGGUAUAUGAACAGAAUAUGAGCACACUGGUUUACAAAUGGGAGCAUAGAAAGAGCACACUGGUGGAUGGAAGGUUUUGAGAUGCUUUUGAAUACAACAAUAAACCUCCAAAACACACCUUAAAUAUGCAGAAUAAAAGAUCAACGAUUGAACAAAUAUUAAGUGCUAAAAUUGACUUGAAACUAAACUAAGCACUUGAACAAAUAAAUAAAAAGGGAAAAACAUCAGUAAUUAAAUGGAAAAUAAGUAGAACAUAGGAGUGACUAUCACAAAUUUGAAGAUAACCCCAGGAAACAGUAGGGAUACUGUUAUCAGGUGGUUACUACUGCAUAUGAAGGCAAAUAAGACUGUUUUGUUUUUUCUAUAGUAUUCUUUAUUUUUUCACAGAAAAGGUAGUAGACAAGUGCAAGUCAAAUAAUAACAAUAAGAGCAUAAAAUAUAAUACGGGAGUUUCAAUUCACUCCUAGUCAAAGGUUGUAUGAUACAUAUGAACAUUAAUCAUAACUUAAGUCAUCACAAGGACCCCAUUGGGGUACGGAGUGAGUAUAGACAGAUUGAGCUAGACCGUAGGCUGAUCAAUCUUCCAUGUAAGAGGCCAUCUUCAGACUACUCGGUGCCCUGCACUUAUCUUAAGAAAGUGCUGAUAUUUACCUCUUGCUGGGGCUUCUCCAAUGUUACUCUUGCGACCUAUGAUCGUAGAAGCAUUACUUGAAUGUAACAGACAAUGGGAGCAAAACAAAAGUAAGAAAAGAACUUUAAAAAGCCAAACCUGCUCAGAGAGAGUGCAUCCAUCCACUACAACAGCUUAAAUCCGCAUUCUCUAAAUUGUUUUUAAUGCAGUGGCAUAAAGAAAGAUAACCUGUUAUCAUUUCUAAACAGAUGAUCGAUCCAAACAAAUGUCAUAGUAUUUUUUUUUUAACUAAAUGAACCUGUGUGAGAAAUUUCAUGUAUGUUAAAUAGAGGCUAUAGAUGUUGGUUAAUCGGUGGCAUUAAACUUUCAUUUCAAUCCAAUUUGACCUGUCCAUCUUCUUACAGAGUAAUGUUGAGGGGCAACUGCCCAAGGCAACAAAGUUUUUAGCACUUGAUAAAUGCCUGCCACAUCGGGACUUUCUUCAGGUGAGCAAAUUCCUUUCCAUACAUAUUUUAUAGCCCUGUCAGAUCUGCUAAUGUACAUGAUUAAUGGUUAAUUGGUUAUUUUCAUUUAUUUAAUUCGCCUUUGAAAUCAGAUUGUGGAUGUGGAACAUGAUCCCACUAAGCCUGACUGCCUGGAGUAUGAUCUGGAAUGGUUGGCAAUUCUCAAGAAUUGUAAAAGUCUUCUAAAUGUGACUUCGCAAACAUGGAACAUGCCGGAAAACAAUGGUCUCCAUACUAAGUAAGUCACUGCGUGAGAAGUCUUUGUUGCGUUGUUAGAGUAUCUGUAUGAACAAUAAUGAACUUCAACGUAAUAACCAGGUUCUAUAUGUACAAAGAGACUACUUCCUUGUGUACGCAAAUAUUUGAGGUUACAAACAGUCAAUAGGGUACUAUUGCAUUCCUACUAAAAUAAUUGGGAAUUGGCUGAAAUGUCUUUAUAGUCACCAUAAUUAAUUUAAUAAUGCGUGAAAAAGUAGUUUGAUUAGUUUCCUACUGGAGUGCAUGUUUAAAGGGUUACUCCAAGCACUAUGAUCACUUCAGUGAAUUGAAGUGAUUAUGAUGCAUGAAGUCUGUAUGUGCAGUGUUUUGCUAUGAAAUACUUCAUGUACAGAGUUUAACUUGCCGUCUGCAGAAGUUGUAACUCCACCUCUGGACAAAAUAGGAGAGCACAAAUCUUAAAAAUAAAUAUAAAUGAAAAUGUGAGUAAAUUCAGCAGCUAGACACAAAAAUCCUUAAAAACUUUACACACACUAUAUAAACAAAAUAAAGUGUCAGCGCUAUACUUGAAAACCUAAUUUAGGUGAUCACUCUCAAUCUGAAGUAAAACACUUAUAAAUGCAGAUUCCUGGAAAUACUUCCAAGUGCAAUAAAAUACAAUAAAACAGACCACCAUAAGUGUAGUACUCAAAUAAUCAUAACAAGUCUUGCUACAGGGUCCAAUAAAUCUUGGGUGAUGAUCUUUUAUAGGGUUAAGAUUUGUCUUGCAGCAAAGCCAAGUUUUAUGGUCUAUUUUGCAUUGAACAAUUUUUAUUAUAAUUGUACUUAUCUUUCAUGCCCCAUAGGAUCUUUGUAUUCAUAAAUGGUUAUAAUGUUUAAAGGAACACUAUAGCCACCUAAAUUACUGUAGCUAAAUAAAGCAGUUUUAGUGUAUAGAUCAUUCCCCGGCAAUUUCACUGCUCAAUUCAGUCAUUUAGGAGUUAAAUCACUUUGUUUCUGUUUAUGCAGCCCUAGCCACACCUCCCCUGGCUACGAUUGACAGAGCCUGCAUGAAAAAAAAACACUGGUUUCACUUUCAAACAGAUGUAAUUUACCUUAAAUAAUUAUAUCUCAAUCUCUAAAUUGAACUUUAAUCACAUACAGGAGGCUCUUGCAGGGUCUAGCAAGCUAUUAACAUAGCAGGGGAUAAGAAAAUCUUAAUUAAACAGAACUUGCAAUAAAGAAAGCCUAAAUAGGGCUCUCUUUACAGGAAGUGUUUAUGGAAGGCUGUGCAAGUCACAUGCAGGGAGGUGUGACUAGGGUUCAUAAACAAAGGGAUUUAACUCCUAAAUGGCAGAGGAUUGAGCAGUGAGGCUGCAGGGGCAUGUUCUAUACACCAAAACUGCUUCAUUAAGCUAAAGUUGUUCAGGUGAAUAUAGUGUCCCUUUAAGAUUUGUCUUAACAUGAUUGAAAUGGUUAAUUGUGUUUUGUCUGUGUACCAAGAAUGUUCAGAUAUAGACAACACCCUUUAUUGAAUAAUUAAACAAACAGACAUUAUACUAAUUCACUAGACAGGAGCAUAUAUAAGAAUGCCCCAAUGAACUAUUACACUAUCUUGAGAAACGCAUCAAAGUGUAAACAGCGUCCUGCUGUCAGAGGUGGAUGCAUGUCUAAUGGUCAGCAUUGUUUGCCAGCCACAGCCUCCUCUCCGUUUGAAUAUUCAUUCCAUCAGCACUGAGAUCGGACGGUAACGGCUGCCAAGCCUCUGUGUAUUUUAAAGUUUAUAUCGUGGUGUCUUGUAAACGAGUACCACAACUUGAUGAUGGAAGGGUUUUGUAUGUUAACUUGAUUAAAUUGCAGUACUAUGCUAUGAUAGGUCUUUAUCAUUUCAAGGUUAAAAGCCCACAGUGCAACAAUGUAUCUACAGAUGCUGUGACAUAGCUGCAAGACUAAGCUUAACCCUGUAAAAGAUCAUCACCCAAGAUUUAUUGGACCCUGUAGCAAGACUUGUUAUGAUUAUUUGAGUACUACACUUAUGGUGGUCUGUUUUAUUGUAUUUUAUUGCACUUGGAAGUAUUUUCAGGAAUCCGCAUUUAUAGGUGUUUUACUUCAGAUUGAGAGUGAUCACCCAAAUUAGGUUUUCAAGUAUCGCGCUAACACUUUGUUUAUAACUCCACCUCUGGCAGAGUCAUUGAGGCAUCAUUAGUUGGGCUGGCUAAUAUCAAUUCUUGUUAUAUUGGACGUCUGAUGUCAGCAGACAUGGCUGGUGACAAUCGUCCAAUGGUGGCAUCACCCUUGUUCUCCCCUCAGCCAUUCUCUGCUUGGGAGAGCGUGACCUCAAUGAAAGCAGGUCAGUCUCAUAGGAGAAUUUAGCAUUGGCACUGGUACAGAGGUAAGUUCAUGCUUUUUUAGUUUGAGGGGUGGAAAGGGACCAAGAUAUUAAGUCACUCUAACAAAAACCACUGUUUUUCUUAAAACACUGUUAUUGGUUGGAGUAAACCUUUAAUCUCUUCAUUAGAAGGUAUUUUGAAGGAUAUAUAUAUAUUUUCUUCUAAAUCAGCAAUCUGUAACUUGGCCAUGCUACAUUUGAGGUUUCCAAGUGACUUGUAGCUUGAGUAAAUUCUCCAUAUUUGUAUAAUUCGUUGUUGGGUACAGAAAAUGUAUUAAGGCGCACACUCCGCAAGUGUUUACAUUUGUUUUACUGUUGCUUGUGUUAGUGUAUCAAACUCUGAGGUCUGACGUGCACUCAAAACCAAGAAAGUGAAGGACCUUACUAAAAAUCAACAAUGGGGAGAAAAUCUGAAGUGCUUAGAUCCUUACUUUAUUUGCAAUUGCUCAGGGUUUUUCCACCCUGGGUCCAUGUUUGUAACGUUUCAUUUCCCAUAAGUGUGCAGUCCCUCUACUCUGAACUACUAUACAAGAGGGGGGAUAAAAAGGAAAUUAAAUCUUUAAAUACUCAUAAGGUAAUAAUAAAGCAGCUUAUCUUCCAGUUACAGGUACUUUAGCAAUGCUUAAUUUUAUGUCCCCUUCAAUUUUCUCAAGACCAUACAAAUGAAUAAAAGAAAAUGCAUACAAAUCUUACAAAAGAAAAAAACUGCACAUUUAAUAAAUAAAUCUACUUGACCUUCAAGGCAAAAAACACAUUUAUGUAUUUUUUAAGGAGUCUAUUUAGCCUUGAGGAUGAGAGGACCGGGCAGGUUGCUGUUAACUUUUAUCUGUGUCGGUAUUUUUUGUUAUCCCUUUGAUUUGUAUGGUUAUGAGAAAUGUGACGUAGAAGAGAGCAUUGGUGAAGUACCCACAAGUUGGAGGUAUAUCCUCUAUCAAUUAUUUCCUUGUGAGUGCAAUAUAUAAAGUUCCCAAUCCCUAUGCAUACAAUACUACUCAAUGUAUUUUUUUUUUUUUUAUCCUUGUAGAUUUUGUGGUGUUAUCGAUUUCUAGUAUGGAAUGGGUUCCUUAAAGCGUGAAAAAAAAAAAAUAAAUAUAUAUAUAUAUAUAUAUUCCAGUUUGGCUUUUUGCCCUAAAACUUCUAAUUGUCUUAUCACAUCACAAAGAAAUGUAUGACCGUUUUGAAAAGUUACAUCUCAAACUACUAGAUCCUUAUGCUAAGUAAUAUUGUUACUUUUUGGUAUACAUUUCCAAAUGACAAUUAUUUAUUUAUUUUAGAUGGGACUUCAGUGCUACUACCGAAUCCAGAAAGGAAGUUCUAAAUGACCUUGGCCAAGAUCUUCGCAUCCCUUGCAACUUUAGUGCUACCAUAGCCUGCUAUGACCCCAACAAACCUCAGCACAAGAGAGUUGCUUCCCAUAUCAUUAACCCACAGACAACAGAGUUCUGUGCCCUCUUGGGACUUAUUGACAUUAAUGCUAAAAUACGACAGAAUGACGAGGGUGGAGACUUUGAGGCCACAGAGGAAAAUGAUGCUGACAGCACUAGUUCACUAGACGAUCCUAGUGAAUACAGCACAGAUGUCUCUGUUCUAUCUUCUUCUAUUAACCCUGAUGAGAUCACUCUGGAUGAAGAUGAGGUUGAGGAGGAUAUACCAGUACAAUCAGUGGAACCUUCUCCAGAAGACAACAAUGAUCUCGCAGUCAACCUCUCAAAGACUCAUGUCUUAUCAGACUCAAUGGCUGUUUCUUCCGAUGAUGCAAUGGAUUCCACAAAUGAUGAGCUAGACCGAUCAGAAAGCAGUCAAACAGAGGGGGAAGGGAAAUUCAUAGACAAACCGCUAAAGAGAUUAAGUGAUGAGAGUGGCCGUGGCAUUGUGAAAAUUAAACGCAGGAAUCAGGCCAUUUAUACAGCAAAUGAUGAGGAGGUUGAAUAGAUGGGCUUUUUAACUUUUUAUUUUUCUUUUGAGCUAUUUUGAUUUAGUUUAAUGGUUAUGAAUACAAUUCAUUUUGGCUAACAUACAGUUCUUUUUUAACUUUUUUUUUUUCUUGGAUUUAGGUUUACAGUACAUAUGUGGUAUAAAAACACUAUAUUAGUUUUGAGCUUAGAGUUCACAUUUUAUUUCAUCGUAUUCCUUCCGUCCUGCCUGUUGACUGCUUUUCAUUGGGUAAAAAUAAUUUUAAGUAUGUUUUAUCUUAUUUUAAUUCUUCAAAUGCUUUUUGUUUCCCAUGUGGAAACACCUCCUGAAUAAACAAGGGGUCUUACAAAUGACGUAUCUUGUGCUUUUGUGAAGUAACACUUGACAUGUAUUUUAGAAAUGUAUUAAUCUAUUUUAGAGAGGAAAAUGGUAAUGUAUGUCUAUCUUCUGAGUAUUCCCAUAUGCAUUGAUCCGUAAAAGAAGUGUUUGCUUGUAAAUAACCUCUCUUGUAAUUGGGAACUAAUGAAUAUAUUGGGAAUGUUGUAAACUAGCUUACAGUGAGACCGCAUUAGUGAUCUCACAAUGUUUUGUAGUAAUUAUGAUUCUUG